CCGCCAAAGCCGAAGCCAGGAUCGCUGCGUGACAGGAUCGCUGCGUUUGAGAAUGCUAACAAGAGUGCAGCGCCUGGACCUGGCCCUGGGCCCGCACCACGUCCAAAGCCCUCGACCCUCCAAUCAUGGAAACCAAAGGUACCUUCACCACCUCAGUCGCCAGAAUCCGAGCGCAAGACUGCGGGGAUGUCUGCAUCAGACGCGAUGGAGAGCAUCGGCAAAGGUGGAAGUCUCAAGGAGCGGAUGGCUGCUCUCCAGGGAAAGGGUGCGUUUGGUGGCGGCACCCCGCCCCCGAUCCUCCCCAAACCUGCAGACAAACCAAGGUGGAAACCACCGCCGCCAGUAUCACCUCCUGCAGAUGAG